CCUAUAACUCCUGUCUCUAAGAAUGUCCGGUGCGCGGAACUGUGAAACUGAGUAACUGACAUGUGAAGACGAUGAGAUCAGCUGAUAUUAGUAAACAAAUAUCAACAAGUCAAUACCAUUCAGUUUCCAGUCAUUUAAGGGAUUAGUAUUGGCUGCAUAAGAUAACACCAUGGCCGAGGAAGUGGAAGGUGUUCAGGUGCUUGUGGAUGCUCUCGUGAAGCAAGGUGUAGAGUACAUGUUUGGGAUUGUUGGCAUUCCUGUUGUUGAGGUAGCAGUCACAGCUCAACAGGCUGGAAUAAAAUAUGUUGGAAUGCGGAAUGAGCAGGCUGCUUGUUAUGCUGCACAAGCAAUUGGCUAUCUGACGGGACGCCCUGGUGUGUGCCUUGUUGUAUCUGGACCAGGCCUUUUGCAUGUUAUUGGAGGUCUUGCAAAUGCUCAGGUGAACUGUUGGCCAAUGAUAGUAAUAGGUGGUUCUAGUGAUGUUGACCAAGAAGGCAUGGGAGCAUUUCAGGAAUGCCCUCAGGUUGAAUCUUGUCGUCUUUACUGCAAAUACACUGCUCGGCCACCCACAAUAGCCACCAUUCCCUACCACGUUGCAAAGGCUGUUAAAUGUGCAACAUACGGAAGACCAGGAGCUGCCUACUUAGAUUUUCCUGGAAAUAUCUUAUCUGGCAAAAUUGAUAAGAGUUUAGUACAAGACCCACCAAAGUGCCCUCCUCCUCCAGUUACGCUUGCACCCUCAGAAGCAAUAACAGAGGCAGUCACACUGUUGUCUAAUGCACAGCGACCACUAGUGAUAGUAGGGAAGGGUGCUGCGUAUGGCCGUGCAGAAAAGGAAGUGAAUGAAUUUAUUGAAAAAACUGGAUUACCAUUUCUGCCAACUCCUAUGGGUAAAAAAGUUAUUAACAUACUGAUUUCUGUUGCAGCUGUAGCUUUAGUUUAUGUUUCUUCUUCAGAGCUUGUAUUUCUUUUGCUCUCUAAUGUUCCACCUGACAGUGAAAAGCUUUUUUGUCUACCAAACCAGUACUACUUGUAUUAUAAUUGUAGACAUAUUGCCCUUGAAGAAACUCCACAACUAGUGUUAAUGCAAGCAAUGGCUAAUGAUACUGGAGAACCAUUGAAUUAUUAUGCAGUUUUAAGUACUGUUAAUAUGCUGACACCAAAGAAUGCUAUCAUAGUAAGUGAAGGUGCCAACACCAUGGAUAUCGGACGUACCAUGCUACUGAACACGUUUCCUCGUCAUAGACUGGAUGCAGGAACGUUUGGCACAAUGGGAGUGGGCUUGGGUUUUGCCAUUGCUGCUGCCCUGUGGGCCCGUGAUCAUGCUCCAGGCAAGAAAGUUAUUUGUGUCGAGGGAGAUUCUGCCUUUGGUUUCAGCGGUAUGGAGAUGGAGACGAUGUAUCGAUAUGGCCUUCCAAUUAUUGUUGUCAUAGUCAACAAUAACGGUAUUUACAACGGGCUGGAUGAUGAAACAUUCAACGAUGUUAGAGAUGGGAUGGAUUCUACCAUAGCAACACCACCAACAUCACUUCUUCCUUGCGUUCACUACGAACGCAUAGCCACAGCUUUCGAUGAUGUGGGCUAUUUUUGUAAAAGCAUAGUAGAUUUAAAAGGUGCCUAUAUACAGGCUUUAUCCAACAAGGAUAGGCCAGCUAUUAUCAAUGUGAUGAUUAAUCCAAUGGCUCAGCGUAAGGCUCAGGAUUUUGAUUGGCUUACUCGAUCAAAACUAUGAUUGACACUUAUUGUUGUCUUGUUAAUCACAUUUAAAGUUUUAUAUUUUUACCAAACAGAGUUAUAUAUUAUUAGCAGUUUUAUUCUGAUUUAAAGUGAACAGGAUAUAUUUGUAGGGAAGUUUAUGCAAAGUCUAUUUUUGUAUUAGUAUUAUUAACUCUCAAGAAGUAUAAUGCACAAUUUAAACAAAUUAAUCCUGUGAUUCAUCAGUACUUUAUCAUAAAUAUUGCUUAUAACUGCCAUGGCUGAAUUUAGUUAUUAAUUUAGUUACUGCAGCUUUCCUGUUAUUAUUAAGAAAUUAAACAAUAUUCCAGUUAUAAUAUCCAUGACCCACUCCUUAAAAGACAUAAAUAUUUUUAGGAUUUGUCUUAGGGAUGUUAGUCACUAUAUUUUUUCUAGAUUUGCAAUUUUGGAAGAGUCAGGCAAUCAUUCCAUACAGCAUGCAUUCGUAAAUGUUGAAGAAUGUUACUAAGAAUAUGUGGGUUUCCAAAGUUUUGACUGUAUUCCCGCUGUAAAAGUAAAUGAUGAUUAUC